GAUAAUAUACAUAACCUGAACUAUUUUCGUUUAAAAACAAAAUAUCAUCUCUAUCUUGCAUAUCCUUAUUUUAUUCAGAAAUAAAUAUUAGAAUUACAUUUGAAUUCUUAUAGCUAUUUUAGUGAGAGUUAACUAAACGUUACCAAAAGUGCUACUUAUUACUCCGAAUAUUUGUCGUUGGUUAUUUUAAUGACGUUGCCUAGGGGACACACCUGACACAUGGGCGAAAAAUAAUAACAAAACCGAUGAUGUUAAGUAUUUUUUUUGAAUGCUAAUAGAAGUAGAUAACAGAACAGAUAAAAUUAAUCUCAAUAAUGAUUUGGUCUAGUAUUUUUUAUUAAAAGAAUUUUUGAAUGUUUUUUAAUAUAUUAAUUAAGGAAUAAUGGAAGGAAAUAGUAGAGGAGAUAGUCGUAACAGGGAAAUAGAUUGGACUAAAUAUGGUUUAGGUACUGAAACAGCACAAAGGGUGCGAGCUAAUACUAGUGGAUUUGUUGACUUGUCAUCAGAAGGUCAUUAUGCUGCAGGGGGCCAUCAGGCCUCCGGAGCAAAUGAGCUUUUUGCCGAAGAACAAGGUGACACUCCAUGGUGGAAAUCUAAUUUUUUCAUAUCACAACCAGUCCUUUUUGGUACUUGGGAUGGUGUUUUUACAUCAUGCUUAAUUAACAUUUUUGGUGUUAUUGUUUUUUUGCGUGCUGGGUGGAUUGUCAGCCAAGCUGGUGUUAUUAGUGGUGUUUUAAUUGUACUAGCAACAGUGGCAACUGCAUUGAUAUCAGUAUUAUCAGCUGUGGGAAUAUGUGAAAGAUGUAGGAUAGAAAGUGGAGGUGUUUAUUUUGUACUAGGUCAUGUUCUGGGAUCUAGAUUUGGAGGAUCUCUUGGAUUAUUAUACUGUUUUGGCCAGGCAGUAGGUUGUGCCUUAAAUGUUUUGGGAUUUGGGGAAUCAAUGGCAGAACUAAUUGGUUUUGGUGAUUCUUCAUGGGCAGUACGUAUUAUAGCAAUAGUAGCUGUGUUAUUAUUGAGCAGCAUUAACAUAGCUGGUGUAAAAUGGGUGAUCAAAUUGCAGUUUGUUCUGUUACUAAUUUUGCUUUUAGCUGCACUAGAUUUUAUGGUAGGCAGCUUUGUACAUUCUGAUGAAGCCAAUGGUUUUGAGGGGUGGAUAAGUAACAAUUUAGAAUAUAACAUGUGGUCAAACUAUACAGAGGGUUAUAGCUGGUUUUCAGUAUUUGGAGUAUUUUUUCCCACAAUUACUGGAAUUUUGUCUGGGAUUAAUAUGAGUGGUGAUUUAAGAUCACCUUCAACAAACAUUCCAAAUGGAACCCUAGCAGCUAUCAGUUUUGCAACAUUUUUAUAUCUAGUGUUUAUUAUAUUUUUGGGGGCUACGUGUACAAGGCAUUUUUUGAAGGAAGACUACAUGAUUGCAGCAAAAGUUUCAUCCAUUGGUGUACUAUUUUUAGCAGGAUUAUACGUAUCCUCUAUGUCAAGCUGUUUAGGUGCCAUGUAUGGAACUCCUAGGGUAUUGCAGUCUAUUGCACUAGAAAAUGUUAUUCCUGGAAUAGGAAUAUUGGGGAUGGGAAGAGGACCAAACAAAGUGCCAUUGUAUUCAAUGGCUGUAGUAGCCACUGUAACUUUUGCCUUUAUAUUAAUUGGAAAUAUAAACACCUUAGCACCAAUAGUGACCAUGCCAUAUCUACUUACAUAUGCAUGCAUAGAUUAUUCAUACUUUGCUUUAGCACAAACUUUUGAUAUUCAACACCAAAGAGAACAAAGAUUUCAUAGGCCAAGGGUUCAAACAACAGUAAGUGUAGAUUCAGACACAAAUGAUCUAGAUAGGUUGUUUCCAGAAAGGACAAGGCAUAAAAAUCUGCGGGAGGAAUCUAGCUCUAAUUCGCCGUCUAGUCCUACCGAAAACUCUGAAACUACACCAAUAGCUCCAAAAAAUCAUAUCCAUUCUAAGCAGAAGAACUGGUAUUCACAUUUAUGCAACAGAUGGCUUUCCUUGAUUGGGGCUCUUAUAAAAAUUCUUAUAAUGUUUUUGGUGAGUUGGGUUUAUGCAAUUGCUUGCAUAAGUGUGGUAUUUUUAGUCUGGUUAUACAUUGGAACAGCCAAUCCAGCAGUAAAGCCUGGAUUAGCGAGUGAAUUUCACUUUUUAAGGUGGUUGAAAACAGUACUUUUGCGUUGCUUUGGCAAAAGGGUAACUGAUUAUGAACAAAUUGUUGUUACACCUGUGCAUCCAGGUUUAGAUGUGUCAACAGCACAAUUAAAUGAAGACAAUGAAGAUUUCUCAAAUAGAAGAAGAUAUCAUCAAUCUGCUACAGUAACUGGACACAUGGUAGACAUAGAUGACUAAUACAUUCUAAAUUGCAUCUGUUAACAAAACUAAAACAUAUACCAGCUUGUACUAAAAUUGAGUAAAAGCUUUCAUCUGCCAAAAUGUAUAGUUUUAAUUUAUUUAAGCAGAACUAUAAAUUAAUUUGUCUUUAUAUGUUGUACAUGUACAUCAAUAAUAAAUUAUUUUUAUAUACUA